AUGUCGAAGAUAUUUAUUCCUACUGCCAAUUGUGGUAAAGCACACGACGCCGAUAUAUUUGGGGUUGCUAUUUGCAACACAUUUACCGUAACCUGUUCUGGAGAUGGUUACAUCAAGUUAUGGAAGAACAAAUUGCUGGAUAACGAGCAGCCUAAGGACCACGUUCAGAAACAGUUUGUUCAUAAAUCAGGUGUACACCACAUCGACCUGAUAGACACAGUGGAGAAAGGUGGAGUUAAUGUUUGUAUAAUCAGUUGUGUUACAUUUUCUGGUGAAAUUGUGUUCUUUGAACUGACCCAGGAGAAUCAAUUGAAACCGAUCAAGCUAUUAACUGAGAAGGAACUAAAAAAAUCCUACUGGGCGGUGAAAUGGCUACAAUCCUCUGACCUUACUGUCUGUCACAAAUUUGCCGCUACAGAUGUUAAAGGUAGCACAUACGUUUGGGAUCUCUCCGUAUUUCAGGAAGGAACCGCUGAUUCUGAUGAGCCACAGUACAAUCCUCAUUUAAAGUUUCAAGGUGAAAUACCAGUAAAAGAGCCAUGUGUAGCCACUGCAUUAGACAUUUCCUCAAAUGGACUAAUAGCUACCGGUUUAGAAAAUGGCACUGUAUUUGUGUCCCAGUUGACAUCCUUAAAACCCCUUUACCAGUUUGAAGGCUAUGGUUUACACGGAAUCGAUCAAAAUAGUAACACUGUUCGUAACGUCAAAUUCUCACCAACUGGUAGGCUGCUUGCUGUGGCCAAUGACUCAGGCUCUUACGGUAAUAUUACAUUGUAUGAAACGGAAUUUGGUGAAAGAAUAGGUAAUUUCACUAUGGCAACACAUAGUACUCAAACAAGUAUCGGCUCUUUCGCCCAUGACGGCUGGGUUUUCGGACUAGCCUUUAAUGAAACUGGAGAGUUUUUAGCCAGUUGUGGUUACGACAGUAAAGUAAGAGUUUGGGAUGUUAAAUUAAGAGAAAGAGUCAGUACACUACAUAUAACGGCCGGUGAUAUUGAGGUUGAAGAAGAUAUCUUACAGGAAGACGAAGAAGGCAAUUCUUUAAAGCAUCCGCCAAUAUUCGAUGUCAAAUUUAUAAAGAAAGGUGUACGAGCUGGUAUGGGUAGUGAUGUCAACGAGGGUUUAUGCUGUGUCUGUCUUGACAGAAGUGUGAGAUGGUAUAGAGAAGCUGGUGGAAGUUGA